UAUGUUUAGGAGAGACGAGAAUGUCGGAGUAUGAUUCUGUAUCUCGUAGUUCUCUGAAGCUUAAAGGCGUUUCAGAUCAUAAAGUGAAGAAGAAGAAGAAAAAGAAGGAUAAAGAACGAGAAGCUAUGAAAAUGUAUGAACAGGUCUCUAACUCAAAGUCAUCAGAAGAAGAUGGAAAGAAGAUGAAGACCAUGGAUAAACGGACAAAGGCAGAACAAGCUUUUGACAGAGCAAGAGAAAAGAGGGAAGCAGAAUUGAUUGUAGAAAAAGCCAGUAAAACUCACAAAGAACGAAUCAUGUUAUUCAACAGUCAUUUGGAUGCAAUGACAGAGCAUUUUGAUAUUCCAAAAGUGAGUUGGACAAAGUGAUGUGUAUUGUGUGAUUGGACAAAGAGACAAUUUCAUCUGUACACACAUGAUGAUACUUUCAUAUGGAAUCUCCUGGCUUAUGUGGAAACCAGUUUUUGGACAGACAAGCCUCCGAUAGCUCAUGUUAUUGGCAAUAUGUCAAUAACAUUGUGAACUUUCUGUGCAUGACUGAACAGACAUUGUCUAGUAGAAAGAAGUACUUCCAUGGAAAUAUGAAAAAUGAAAAGCUGCAACAUUUUUUAAAAUUGCAUUUAGUCACUGCAUAUAAAAUUUUAGCAUCAAAGAAAAAGGACCGUAUUUCUUGGGAGAUAUUGUUUUAUUUCGAUUGCUUUUCCAAGUUUUUUUAAUCGGGAUAUGCUGAAGGUUAUGGAACGAACAACUGAUAAAAUGCUAGAUAUCUCUGUAUUGUUCUGAUUUAUAAGGCUGAGGGUUUUAACAUUUGCUCUUAAAAAUCUUACUAUUUUAAUUUUAACAAGGAGGAUGAAGGUGCCUUUGUUACAAUACAAGCACUUAAAAUAAUGUGAUUGAAAAUUAUCAUAAAAGUGAUGUUCUGUAAUAAAGUAAAGGCACAUUG